AUGAAGGUCACUACCGUCUUCCUCCUCUGCUCUUCCGUUCUCGCCGGCGCUCUCGCCGAACCAAUGCCCCUCAAGCUUGCUACGAAGCUGCCGGAGCUCAUCCCCUCCGGACUGGAGAGCCCAAAGUUGGCAGAGCGAGACGUUUCUUGCCCGUCUAACUAUCCUUGGCUUUGUGAUGGCUUUUGCUGCCAGUACGAUUAUUGUUGUACGAGACAAUGCUGUGCUCCUGGCACCGACUACUGCAGUAACGGUUAUUGCUAUCGCAGUGGCUAA